UAGCCCAUCAGUGUUACUCCGUCCUUACCGCUAUACGUACGCGUUUCCUUGUAAUUCUAGUUUAGGCACCAUAUUUUAAAUAGACCUAAUUAAGUUUUUACUGCGUACUGUGUUAGUGUUUGCGAUGUAGUGACAAUUUUGUAGUGAACUAACAGUUUUGGUGAUUCAAAAUGAGCGGGACUAUUUACAACGACCACGAGAACGUUUUGGGAACGCAGCGCGAGAACAGAUACCGUCGUGUGGCCUCCAAGCUAUGCAGCCUGGACUCUUGGAGGAGGAGGCUGCCCAUCACGAUAUGGCUGCCCAACUACUGCGUGGAGUAUCUGAUACGAGAUGUCAUCGCCGGUGUUACAGUUGGUCUAACGUCGAUACCUCAAGGCAUAGCCUACGCCAUAGUCGCUGGAGUGCCGCCACAAGUAGGUCUAUACUCCAGCAUAUUCCCAGGCAUCGUCUACGCCAUGUUCGGCAGCUGUAAAGUGGUGACGGUGGGCCCGACGGCCAUCUUGUCGGCGCUGCUGGCCAAGUACGUGGCGCGCUCCGAGGACUUCGCUUACCUUGCUGCGUUCCUAUCGGGCUGCUGCGUGCUGUUACUUGGAGUUUUACAGCUGGGUUUCCUGCUCGACUUCAUAUCGAAGCCGGUCAUAAGCGGGUUCACGACGGCGGCCGCGCUUCAGAUCGCCGCUUCACAACUCAAAUCCUUGUUUAGGAUAUCAGGCAAAUCUGGCGAUACGUUUGUGAGCGCGCUGGUGAAUUUCUUCAAGAACAUAACAACGGUCCACCUCUGGGACCCAAUUUUGGGAAUAGCUUCCAUCAUUGCGCUGAUUAUACUUAAAAAGUCAGCGGUCCCAGUGUCAGACACUGACUCUCCCUUCCGACGCAAAGCACUGAAGACCUGGCAAUACCUGGUGCAAGCCAGGAACGCCAUAGUGGUGCUGGUAGCGGCUAUCAUAGCGUUUGUCCUGCAUUUGUAUGGACGCACACCCUUCGCACUUAUCGGCACAAUCCACGGAGGUCUACCUCACUUCGGGCCGCCUCCCUUUACCACUACGGUUCACAACCAGACCGUGGACUUUGAAGGCAUGCUGGGCGUGUUCGGGCCUGAAGGGCUGGUCAUGCCGCUGGUCGCUAUACUGGAGAGCAUCGCUAUCGCUAAGGCCUUUGCCGGCAGUACAACGGUAGACGCCACCCAAGAGAUGAUAGCCAUAGGCAUGUGUAAUCUCCUGGCUUCGUUCGCUCAGAGCAUGCCGGCUACUGGUUCCUUCACAAGGACUGCUAUCAACCACGCUAGUGGAGUCAUGACUCCGGCUGGCUCUUUGGUGAAAGCUGGCUUGGUGCUGCUAUCAGUGACGCUCCUCACGGAGGCGUUCUACUUCAUCCCGCGAGCUACAUUGGCUGGAAUCAUCAUCAUGGCCAUGGUCUCGCUCAUAGAACUGGAUGUGGUCAGGAAGCUUUGGAGGAACAGCAAGCUGCAACUAGUGGUGUACGCAGUGACAGUGACCACCGGCGCGUGCGCAGGACUAGAAUACGGUAUUCUAGCGGGCGCGUGCGUCGAUGUGUUGCGGGCUUUAGCCGCCGCCGCCCGUCCGCCCAUCAGCACGCAUACCUUUAAGGUGGGCAACCAAGACUGCAUCUGUCUGAUUCCAGUGGGCGACUUGUCGUAUGCGAGCGCAGAGUACAUUCCAAACGUGUUGCGGAAACACGCGCAAACCCGCGCCACGCUCAUAGUGUUCGAUGCUAAGCAUUUGAACAGUUUGGACAUUGGCGUGGCUGAGAACCUCAUAUCUGUGAUACUAGAUUUGGAAGUGACGUGCCACCGGUUCCUAAUUUGGAACCUAUCGAAGCCCCUCACGAAGUUGUUGGAAGACAUACACCCUGGUUUCGGGAGCCGAUGCGUGACUGGGCCCAGCAUAGACCAGCAUAUUCUUGGGUUGGACGUCAUUGGAAGAGAACCUGUAUAUUAAAAUGUCCUAGAAAAUGAUUUAUUUAAUGUAAUAAUUUAUGUGCAUUCCAUGUAUUGACGCUUAUGUUGUUGUCUUUCAAAUUGUUGUUACUUAAAAUAGUUAUAUUUUACACCUACUUAUUCUAAUAUUAUGUUGUAAAUAUCCAUAUGUCU